AUGGAGGUCCUCAAUGCAGCACGAGUGAGCCCUGUCUCGCUCCACAAGCCUCCGGUCUCGGCUCCCGAGAGGAGGCUGGAGCCGAAGAAGAUUCUUCCGUUCAAAUUACCUCACAGGGUUUUGUUCUCGGAAUUGGAGUCUUCUGUUGCAAGUAAGGCUAUCGGCGGAGGUUUGGGGCUGAUGAGCUCCGUUCUUAGCAGCGUGGGGUCCGCGAGGGGCCUGACGUACGAAGAAGCUCUGGGACAGUCGGUCCGGUCCCCCAGCUUCGGGGAUGUUCCCGACGUUGACAUCGGCAAGAUCCUCGAUGGAAUCAUCAGCUUUGGAUCCGAGAAUCCCCUGCUCCUCGGCGGGGGAGCACUUGCCCUAGCAGUUCCUUUGGUUUUGUCCCAAGUUUUCAAGUCGAGCCCGAAGGCAUGGGGCGUUGACAGUGCGAGGUCUGCGUUCUCGAAACUAUCAGAAGAUGCUGGUGCUCAGUUGCUUGACAUAAGGGGAGCCAAAGAUUUCAAGGAGGUGGGAGCCCCGGAUAUCCGGAGCCUCAAGAAGAAGGCGGUCUCAAUCGUAUACACAGGUGAUGACAAGCCAAGCUUCUUGAAGAAGCUGUCCCUAAAAUUCAAGGACCCUGAGAACACUACAUUGUUCAUUCUUGACAAGUAAGUCUCUGGGCAUGCUUUUUUCUUUUGCAUGUAUUUUAGAGAAUAUUUGCUUGCAUUAAAUCUAGUUAUUUUGUGAUUUUGGAAUAUGUUCUUAUCCUCAUAGGUCGGAUCAUGUUUCUACUACAGACAUAAUACAAAUUAUAGUUUAUGUUGUUUCCCCAGCUUCACUCAUAUGAACUUAGAUUAAUUUGGGUUUCUAAGUGCCCUAUUUGAAUGAUAGUGCUCCAAAUUCUUCAGCGAAAUUAAUCAAUAAGAUGAAUACUUAAAGACGAUUGGGGAAUGCCAGUUCCAACAUUUACCUUUUGAUAUUUUGUAUUAUUCUUAUGCUAGAGGCAGAUGAAUUUGCCCGGAGUAAACAGGCUGAAAAUCUGAUGGGGCAGGCAGAUGCCAUAAGCACAUGCACCGAAAAAGUGUCAACAGAAAAUAUUUUCUGGGAUAUGCAGCUGCUCUAAGCAUAAGAAUUUAAAGUUUGUCCGGCACAUAGAAACAACGUUCCUUUUUCUCAUUUAGAAUGCAUUUUUUUGUUCUUGUACAUUCUUCUGUAAUCUUGAAUCUGCAAAUUAGUUGACUUUUAUAAUUAACGGCGCUGAAUACUUUCAAAAGUCAGAUUUGAUGGCAACUCCGAAUUUGUCGCGGAAUUGGUUACAGCCAAUGGCUUUAAGGCUGCUUUUGCUAUAAAAGAUGGUGCUGAAGGUCCUCGAGGAUGGGUGGUCUGUGACUUUUCAUGGAUUGCGCAUUUAUUCAUUCUUUACAAUAUCAUUUAUCAACGGAAAAUCUUAGUUGUGGAUAUUUUUUAUGAAUUGCAGAAAAGUGGACUUCCGUGGUUGGCACCCAGUAAAAGUGUUGAUUUUGGCGAUUUGAAGGAAGCAAUUAGCAGUGCACUUGGGGUAUGACAUUAUCUCUUUUUUAGCCGAUUUUUUUCAUACUUAAAAGUUGCAACACCUGAGUCGCGUCAGAACUGGAUCAUGCAUACAUUGAAAUGGAGAGGAAGCGAGGAAUUAUUUUUAAGCAGAAACAUGUGUGAUAAUAUUUUUUUGGAAUAUUCUCCGACUUUACUAGAUAAAAUUGGGAAGUAGAUAUCAUCUCCAGUCUAAUGAUUCACGGAGCAUAUAGAAUAAAUCAACUUCGUUUUCUCCUAAGGUUUCCAAGGCAUGAUUUUAGUCUCAUGCGAGCUAGUGGGUUUGUUCCCUAGAAAAGUUAUGAGACUCUUUUAAAUUUAUGAGUAACUUACUCUUUCAGUGUUUGAGUUGAUCAUAAGUUUAUAUCCGAUGAUAUGAGGGUCUUCUUACAUUUGAUUUCGUGUUGUUUUGUAAUUGUGAAGAGGGGGAGAGGCCUGCGCACAUUGGAAUUUUAUAGAUUCAAGUUCUUCUUUAUUAGAUAGGACUCAAAAUGUCAGAAUUUCACCAUAAAAAAGAAUCACCUCUGCUCUGAGGCGGCAUGUGUUCGUCUAGCUGGCAAGAAUGAUUGCUAGGAAUCUCUGAACAGUAGAACACCAAUGGUUUGGAAAUAAAAUCAGCCCCCUUUCUUUUAGGAUGUGAGUCAAGUCAAAUUUCACAUGCUACUAUAACAUGAGACAGAAAGCCUCCAACAUCAUUAUCCAAGUCAUAAUUCGUUCGAUGUUCAGAAGCAUUUGGUAAUUUAAUCGUAACAACUAUAUGCAGGACAGCGCUGAAGGGUUACCUGUUACUCUUGGAUUAGCUGCUGCCACUGGCUUAGGAUUUUUGGCUUUUUCAGAGGUGGGUUUGUUGUGAUUUUAUUUAAAUAUAUUUUACUUUUGAAAAAUACGUUUUUGCAACUUGAAAUGUAUUGACCCUGUACAUUUGACCUUCCAGAUAGAGACAGUUCUCCAGCUUCUGGGUUCUGCUGCGCUUAUUCAGUUCACCACAAAGAAGCUCUUAUUUGCAGAAGUUAGUGUUUCUUCCAUAUAAAAAAUUCCCACUCUGUUUAUAACUAUUUGCAGGUGUAAUUUCUCAUUUUCUUUGUUUACUAUCUGACAGGAUCGGAAGGUUACCCUUCAGCAAAUUGACGAGUUCUUGAACACCAAAGUAGCUCCCAAAGAGCUUGUUGAUGAGAUAAAGGUACACUCAAAUUCUAGCAAACGAUAUUCACAUUUUUUUUUUAAAGCAGAAAUGUAUAAAACAAAAAGGUAGUCUGAAUUGUUUAUUCGAUACUGAGUAAUUUCAAUAAUCCGUAGAUGAGCACUUUAGUGAAUCAAAACCGAAUGAACUAGUCUGAAUGAUUGCCCUCAGAGAACUAGUGCACUAGUUUUCCACCAUAUUGAAUCCAUUAUAUAAAUAAGUUUGUUGGUAGGGAAUGCCACAGGGUCCCAAAUACCUGUCACAGGAAGCUUAAAAGGGAUAUGAAUGAAAACCUUCACCUUGCCUAACGUGAAAACCGCGAACUUGAUCGAAAGCAUAUGCUUCUGAAAGGUCCGUGCUUUUCUUUUUUUGACGGAACUAAACCAAGUACGUGCUAUCUCAACAAUAGAAUGCUUCAUGCAUUUUCUCUAUCCAUUCUUCUCAUCGCUCUUUUGUUUACUCCAAAAUUGGCCAAAACAAGCAAUCCCCUGUAAGCCUGUGGUUUCUAUCGAUGCCCAUUAUUUCUCUAAUUGUCACCCGAGGUAGUAAGACGAGGAGCUGGUCAUGGGUUGUAGUCUUAAAGCAAAUCAAGUAGAGGAAGGGCACCAACCCCAUCAACGUGGUCACACGUUUAAUAUUUUUGCUUGCAUUUAAUAAUUUCGGAUUGUAUUUUUCUGGUUCCCUGUGAUGCCAUUUUUCCAGCUAUCUUGAAUGAAUUGGAUCCUUUCAUUCGUUUUUCUUUCGCCUUUCUUCAACUUAGACUAAGAUGAAGUCUUGAAGCCGUUCAUUGGAAUCUCAGAUGAUUGGGAAGGCUCUUCUUCCGGCCUCAACAGCUGCAAGAGCUAGUUUGCCUGCUCCGGUGCAGCCCAGCACAGAUACUCCACCUGCUCCCUCUGCAGAAAAGGUUGAGAGUGUUCCUGAAGCGCCACCCAAAGAACCCGAAGCAACUGUUCUGAAGGCAGAGACAGCUGCUGAGCCUCCCCAAGAAGUCAACUCUGUUCCUGACGCGGAAGUCAAAGCAGAAUCAGUGUCUGGGCUUACUAGAUCACUCUCUCCCUAUCCAUACGUGAGUCUUGAUCCUUAUCAUCCUUCUUUUGUCCUCAGCAUUCACAUUUUCACUCUCUCUCUUAACCAUAUAUGGUACUUAAUUUCAUCUCUUAUUUAUCCCUCAUAUCUUCCAAAUCAUGUGGGAAUUUUGUAAUGGAAAUACUUCCCUGUUCGCUCUUUGCGCAUUGCAUGCUCAUUUUUUGUUCUCCUUCUCUCGUUUUUGCAGUAUCCAGACUUCAAGCCUCCAUCCUCACCUUGCCCUUCGCAACCAUAG